CGAAGCAGAAUAAAAUAAACUAUAUAAACGUCACGUUGAGUCUUAUAUUUAGUAGAUUGAUGGUUAGAGCAAGGCUACAGUAAUAUUGAGAAUGAUAAGGUUUUAACGUGGAUGUAAUGUAAUGUGAUAUAAAGUUUCGGUAAUUAAUGUACUAAAGAGUCGUGGGCCUAACAUGAUGGAGUUCGACAACGACGAGAAUACCUGGCGACCGUCGUCGCCAAAGGAGGACAAUAAGAAGUGCCAACCAAUUCCCAAGCGCUCCACGUCUGUGGCGGUCGUUGUGCUGGGUCUGGCUGUACUUAGCUGUCUUCUUGGAUAUUGUGUGCUUAGUGAACAGCUACCAUAUGAAUCUAAAACUUUACGACUAGUUAUUAUUUUCUUCCGUCAUGGCGCUAAAAUACCUGAAAGUACUUACAAAAGUGACCCUUUUAGAAACUAUCAAUGGAAAGAUGGAGCAGGUGCUCUCACUAAUACUGGCAAAAUACAAUUAUAUGAAUUGGGCAAAAAGUAUCGCAGUUACUAUGCAAAUUUUAUCCCUGAAGAAUAUUAUGAUAAAGAUGUUUAUGUAAGAAGCAGUGAUAAGAGCCGGUGUAUGAUGAGUGCAUAUACAUUUCUGGCUGGUCUUUAUCCACCCACUGAGAGGCAAAUGUGGCAUCCUGACAUUCCCUGGCAGCCCAUUCCAGUGCAUUCUUUGCCUAGAGAAUUGGACAAUAUAGUAGCAGGAACAAAACAGUGCAAAGUAUGGAAAGAAAUGUAUGUGGAGCUGCUAGAAGAAAUGAAUGCGGAUCCAAAAUACACAGAUUUGUUUGACUAUCUGAGUAAACAUACAAAUCAAAGCAUGAGAAGCAUUCUAGAAGUGGAUUAUCUGUAUAGUGCACUGAUGGCUCAGCAAGAGUCAAAUCUCAAGAUACCAGAGUGGGCCAAGAAUGUAUUUCCAAACAAAAUGCGUACUCCAUUUAUGCUCAGUCUUGCUCUUCUAUCAUACAAUGAAACUUUGCAGAGAUUUAAA